AUGCCCUCGAAGCCCUUCAAUUUGGCGUUGCUGGCUUUUCCCAUCGAUGCUGUUGUGGCGUCCAGCGCGCUGUACUUUUACACCGGCGCCGUCACGAUCUGCGUAUGCGUUGCCGCGUAUUUCGUUCUCAUGCGGCUAACUCGUCAAGGCGAAUGCGACGCUACAUGCUACCGCGCCCCACCAAGUGGCCUUUCAGAGCCGAACAGGUGGACAAUCUUGCGAAAGAGCUUUCGCCAGCAACUCCUGGUCAUGCUGAUGUACUUUACCACACUAUGCCUAUGGCCUCCACUUAUAACGGAGAUGAAAAGCUUCAACUGUCCCGAUCUGCAGGCGUCGGGGUGGUGGCCGCAGAUCCUGCUAACGGUGUUCUCGGUCGUGGACUGCGUCGGCCGGCUCUUGGUGCCAUGGCGCUGUGGUUUGACAAAAGACUCGAUUUGGAAGCCUGUGUUCCUUCGCAUGCUCUUGAUCCCAUGCAUCGUGAUGACCGUCCGUCAAGUGUGGUUUACCCACGACGCGUGGUCUGUCAUGUUUGUGGUGCUCUUGGGGCUCUCAAAUGGGUACAUUGGCACUCUCACGAUUCAAUUUGUCAACGAAAGCGUCGACAGCAGCGAACGAGCGAUUGCGAGCAGCUUUACGGGAUUCUUUUUGAUCUCGGGGCUGAUGGUCGGGUCGGCCGUUGGCUUGGUUUACAUUCACUUUACUCAUGCGUAA